AAACGAAGAACUUGAAAUGUCAACCAAUUUACGAAAUCGCAUGAUUUGUAUUUGAAAAUAUGGCCUACAAUUUCAAAUCCGAGAGUGAAGUAAAGGAAUAUAUUAAUAACUUGGGAAUAGAAUACCGCUUUGGUUGUUACAGCGAAAAAAAACCGGAAGUUUGCCAUUUACUAGCCGAUUUCUUGGAAUCGAUAAAGAAAGACUUCGAAAAGGCCGGUAAGGUCUAUAAGACAAACUGUGAUGAUUACAAAUACGGAAAAAGUUGUUUGAAAUAUGGUACUUAUAGUUUAUUGGGCAGGGGUUCGAAGAAGGCAGACUUUAAAAUAGCGUACGAUUAUUUCGAAAAGGGAUGUAACUUAGAUGAGCCAGAUUCGUGCUUAAAUCAAGGUUUAUUAUUAGUCACUAAAAAUGACAAGCCUGAAGUCAAACAAGAUGUUCAAAAAGGUAUGCGAAUUCUAGAGAAAGCUUGUAAAUACGAGAACGCAAACGCCUGUUACUAUUUAUCGGGAAUGUACAUAGUUGGAAUAAAAAAAGAUAAUCUUCCCGGUUCUUUGACUGACAAAGGUAAUUCAGAUGAUUACCAAGUAGCUAAAGAUAUGACGAGAGCUUUCGAAUUUGCAUUGAAAGGAUGUAAUUUGGGAAACAUGUACAGUUGCGCCAAUUUAAGUCAAAUGUAUGCCAAAGGAGAAGGUGUCGAAAAGAACCAAAAAUUAGCCGACGAAUACAAGUCUAAAGCAUUAGACAUGCAGAAAGAGGUUCAAGGCAGGCAAACCUUAACAUUCCAAGAAGGUUUGAACCCAACAUAAAUUUCUAUCCAAAUAUAUAAUUGUAAUAUUCUCUUAAUCGAUUGAAUUGUAGGU